AACCGCGACGGCGGCUUGUGUGUCAACGACCUGGCCGUGGGGUUGCGGCGCCUGGGACUGCACCGCACCGAGGUCGAGCUCCGGCCAAACCUUUGAUCACCGGCCACCUGCAGAAGGGCUUGUAUUGGAGAAGCCCAGCUGCUCUCCUUGUCAGUCAGAAGCCCAGAGGCAUCCUGUCCUCAUCCUCGUAGUGAAGUCCUCAGGCCAGGAACGACUGCAGUGCUAGUGAGCGAAUUUGCAAAAGCAGGAAGCAGUCUGUGCAUGCGGAGCUUCCAGCCUGAGACCCCCCCACGCCAGCCUUCCAGGCAGCUGUUAGCCAGAGACCCUUGGUAUUGUGGUCACGUCCCUCUGAAGUGAACAGCCACCACCCGUGGCAUUUGGAAGAAACCAGCAUGUCGCAGAUGCUGGGGCAUUUUCUGUCCAGCAUUUUCCCGAAGGCUGGCUGCCAAGGCUCCAGAGAGGACACCAAUCAUGAAAGCAGAGGCACCCAAACUCCUGCUCGGGGAGACCAGACGACAAGCUUUUUGGGCAAACAGAACGGAAGGGCUGAGGCCACGGAAAAGAGACCCACCAUUUUGCUGGUGGUUGGACCUGCAGAGCAAUUUCCUAAGAAAAUUGUGCAAGCCGGUGACAAGGACCUGGAUGGGCAGCUGGACUUUGAGGAAUUUGUCCAUUACCUCCAAGACCAUGAGAAGAAACUGAGGCUGGUGUUUAAGAGUCUGGACAAAAAGAAUGAUGGGCGGAUCGAUGCGCAGGAGAUCAUGCAGUCCCUGCGGGACCUGGGAGUCAAGAUCUCCGAGCAGCAGGCAGAAAAGAUUCUCAAGAGCAUGGAUAAAAAUGGCACGAUGACCAUCGACUGGAACGAGUGGAGGGACUACCACCUCCUGCACCCUGUGGAGAACAUCCCUGAGAUCAUCCUGUACUGGAAGCAUUCCACGAUCUUCGAUGUGGGUGAGAAUCUGACGGUGCCUGAUGAGUUCACGGUGGAGGAGAGGCUGACAGGGAUGUGGUGGAGACACCUGGUAGCUGGAGGCGGGGCAGGGGCUGUUUCCAGGACUUGCACAGCUCCCCUGGACAGGCUCAAGGUGCUCAUGCAGGUCCAUGCCUCCCGAAGCAACAACAUGUGCAUUGUGGGUGGAUUCACCCAGAUGAUCCGAGAGGGAGGGGCCAAGUCACUCUGGCGGGGCAACGGCAUCAACGUCCUCAAAAUCGCCCCUGAGUCAGCCAUCAAAUUCAUGGCAUAUGAGCAGAUCAAGCGUCUUGUUGGAAGUGACCAGGAGACACUGCGGAUCCAUGAGAGGCUUGUGGCAGGCUCCUUGGCCGGGGCCAUCGCCCAGAGCAGCAUCUACCCAAUGGAGGUUCUGAAGACUCGGAUGGCCCUGCGGAAAACGGGCCAGUACUCGGGCAUGCUGGACUGUGCAAGGCGAAUCCUGGCCAAAGAGGGGGUGGCUGCCUUCUACAAGGGCUACAUUCCCAACAUGCUGGGGAUCAUCCCUUACGCCGGCAUCGACCUGGCUGUCUAUGAGACCCUCAAGAACACCUGGCUGCAGCGGUACGCAGUGAACAGCGCAGACCCCGGCGUCUUUGUGCUCCUGGCCUGCGGCACCAUCUCCAGCACCUGUGGCCAGCUGGCCAGCUACCCCCUGGCCCUGGUCAGGACCCGGAUGCAGGCACAAGCCUCCAUUGAGGGUGCGCCCGAGGUGACCAUGAGCAGCCUCUUCAAACAGAUCCUGAGGACCGAGGGUGCCUUUGGGCUGUACCGGGGGCUGGCCCCCAACUUCAUGAAGGUGAUUCCAGCUGUGAGCAUCAGCUACGUGGUGUAUGAGAACCUGAAGAUUACCCUGGGCGUUCAGUCUCGGUGACGGGAGGGCGGCCGCCGAUCCUGGGCUGCAGCCCGGGGUGUGCAGUCAUCUCAUUCUGUGAAUGUGCCAACACUACGCUGACUCAAGCCAAGCUGUGAAACCCGGGACGCUGCGAGGGAGGGGCAGGAGAGGGCUGGCGGGUCCCAGGGCUGUCCUGCUGACCCAGCAGACCCUCAUGUCCACCUAUGGGAAGACCUGUGGGCGUUCUUCAGGGUCAGCAAGACCCGGGCUUCUGCGCCUGGGGACAGGACGUUUCCUGCAGUGCCUGCCAGAUAGCAAGCUUGAGGCCGGCUUAGUUUUCAUCUUGUCCUUCUAGCCAGACCUCGGCUGGGCCUGCCCUCUGGCCUGCUGAGCAUUCCUGUGCCCACUUUGUACCCUUCUCUGAUGAGCUGCGGGAGGAGGGGGACGAUCACACGCACACACCUUUCUCGUCCCAGUCCCCUCGGGGCUGGUAAGAGGCAGCCCUCUCAGUCCGCUUCCUGAGCUGCAGCAUCCAUCCCCACCCUGUGUUACGGGAAGCCAGAGGGGGCUGCUUAUUUACUCGCCUCUUCUGAGCCCUGUCCUGACUUCUGAGCUCACCAGUGUGGACAUCUGGACGUUGUGUGUGUAUGUGUGUGGGGGAGAUGGGGGGUGUGCGUGCACACUCGGGCCACUCGCUGCCUGGGGUGGUGCAUGGCUUUGCAGAAGGCUAGUGCUGGGGCCUGGAGCCCCGAUGCCCUCAGCUGCCUGCUUGGGCCUCACGUCCUCAGCUGACCCCAGAUUCUGUCAGGACUGGCACUCGCUCAAAACUACACGUGGCAUCCCACUCUGUGGCUUGAGGUGGGCCGGGUGGUGUUCGGGAAGAAAAGGCAGAGCUGCUGCUGCCCUUUCUGUCCCAGUGAGAGAAGAGGUGCUGAAGGCCUUAAUUAUGUCUUGUUGAGCAAAGGAUUUCGUUCCAAAAGACAAGCUAGACAAAUGUGCAAGUUCUGUACUUGUAGAAAAGUCAGAAGGAGUAGGUGGUUGGGCUGACUGCGCGAUUUGUUUCUGCCGCCCCUGGAGAUGGAUGUCGGUCCGGACUGAGGAGGACCAGCCUCACAUCAUUCCACCAAUGCGACUCACACCGCUUGGAGCCUAUUUAUUUUGUAUUUAUUUGAACAGAGUUAUGUCCUAACUAUUUUUAUAGACUUGUUUAAUUAAUAGCCUGUCAUUUUCAAGUUCAUUUUUUUAAAACUCAUAUUUAUGUUCAUGGAUGUUUGUUCCUCCUCAUCACUACCGGGGAGGGGUGAUGAGAAGAACAUGCCUCGAAUGACCCUUCCCGCUGUCCACACCCAAAGAAAGUCCUCUGGGGACUUGAUGACAGAAGAAAAGGCAAAAGGGGAAGGGACCGUUAGCCAAGGAGAACGUGUCCCCUGGCAGGGGGCUUGGUGUGACAAGGAGGGGCCAGUGGAAGAAUCUUCAGAGUCCAAGUCCUUCCCUGGACUGGGGGGAGAGGGAGAUGUCUGUCUCACCUUUUCUGAAUGACAAAGCAGUGACGUGCUUUUCACUAUGAACUGUGAGGGGCAGGGAAAGGGGUCACCCCCCUCCAUCCCAUAUGUAAAGUGGGCUUCCCUCCCAGCCCUCAGCUACCCCUGUGCAACAAUGCUGAUCAGCUGGCCAGUGACAGUUGUACCUCCAUUUCCCCCAGAAUCGCCUAAUGGGGAUCAUUUAAAUAGGAUGCAAAGAUCAAUGCAAAAAUUAUUGUUUAUAUAUAAAUACAUAUAGUUCUAACUGGAAUUUGUCAAUGCAAAUUAAGAAAGAUGUGGAAGUUGUCAUUUCAAACAGCCUUCUAAUAAAGGAUUUUCAAAGGUGUUGA